UGCUGUGGGCGGGCUCAUAAGGGCAGCAUGUGAAACGUAGACGGCUCCUGACUGGGCGCGCUGGAACGUGGGCGGAGCUGGGCGACGAAGGGGGCGGCUGAGCUUUGGCGGGCUUUGCGCCUGUGGAUGGGGUUGGUUGGUUGGCUGGGGAGGCGGUCUCUGCAAAGAUUAUAGAGGAUCUUUGGUCGUCUGUGAACAGGUCGGCCCUGGCCUGAGGACGGGGCCCAGCGGCCGUGCAUUGACUGGCCAGCCCGGCGCCUGUGGGCGGGGGCAGCAGGAGUCUGUCCGCGUCGCUGAGUUGAUUUGCGCUGCUCCUGCGGCGGGAGAUGUCGACCGGUUGAGUGUGAUUUAUGUCAAGCGCUUCCUCAAUGUGAGGCGUAUCCUGCUGCAAGAUGUGUGAGCAGGGGCUGGAGAUGGCCUCUAUCCUACCCGCCCUGCGUGAGCUGGAGAGUGCCAGUCCAGAAGAUUAUAACACAGUGGUGCAGAAGCCAAGGCAGAUUCUUUGUCAGUUUGUUGACAAGAUGCUGACAGAUGUUGAUGUUGUUGCUUUGGAGCUUUUGAAGAAAACAGACUCUCAGCCAACAUGUGUGAUGUUGCUAGAUUUUAUUCAACAUAUUAUGAAAUCUUUCCCUCUUAUGUUUGUGAGUGCUCCGCAAAAGCCAACCAAGGAAAUUCAGCGGCUCAGUAGUGAUGAUGAGUGCAGUUGCAUUGAUUUCAGCAACUGGAUCAUUACCAGGCUUCUUCGAAUUGCUGCAGCCCCAAACUGCCAGACACUUCACAACUGCAUUGCAAAAAUAAUAAUUUCUUUGCUGUGGCUGUUUAAGAACAAGAAUCCCUUCAUAUUUGGAGUACAAACCAAGGAAAUGCUCGGCCUCUUCCAAGAUCUAACUUGUCUGUCGGAGAAGAGUGUAAUGAUGCACCAGUCAUCUUUGUGGCCAUUUACGAUUGAUCGUUUUAUUGUGGCUGUCAGAGAACAUCCAGGAUAUUUAACCCCCGCACCACUUCAGCUGAACUCUCUGUUACAAGUAGAAUUACUGGAGAUCAUAUUACUGAGAAUUUUAUCUUCGAUACUUUCAAAUGUGUUUUGCAGAAGGCAACGACUUACCUUAUGGGAAAUAAGCUGCUCGCUUUUAGAACAUGGCAGUCCCAAGAUUAGGAGUAGUGUGAUAGCCCUGUCAGCAAAACUAAUAAAACUUGGAGGACCACCACCAGAAGAAUUGUCAAAUAUGUUUUUUACAAGUUUUGUUGAUCUUUUGCUGUUAUUUAAGGAAGCCGACAGAGCUGAAUUGGAACUAUAUGAGGAGCCAUUUUCAGAAUUGGUCAAAGCACUCUUUCCAGUCAAUACGGAGCAUCUUGCAAGCUUGCAUGUGAUAGAACCAUUUUACCUUAAUAUGUUUAUGGAUAAAUUAAGUAUUUUUAUAGGCGAUGGACUAUUGAAACACAUUGAUUCUGAUAGAUUAAGAUCAGCUUUAUGCCAUAUAUUCCAGCACUUUCUGAUGUUUACACCUCCCGGAGUUGUGUGUGCAACACCAAUACAGAAACACCGUAUACAUUUGGUUUGCGGAGCUGUAACUGAAAUGAUAGGAACCCAAGCUAAACAAGAGUAUUUGUUAAGUUGCUUGUAUAUAGCAAUGAGAACGGAAGGAAUUGGUGUCAUGCGCGAAACAUAUAAUUGGACCAAGGCACAAUCAACAGGGGUUCCAGAAACACGUGGAGAAAGUAGCAACGAUGAAGUUCCAGAGAAACGGCCGCGAAUGAGUAUUGCAACACAAAAGUCAUUACACCCAGUCAAGCCAGCUGAAUGUGAACCAGUGGAAAUGAAAUUCAAGAGUAGAUUGUGGUGGGAUGUACAUGAGAGACUGACAACAUUGAUCACUUCAUUGGAGAAGGCUGAGUCGCACAUGGAAAGUCUGCCUUUGUUGGAGGGUAUUGUGGUUUUAUUUCGCUUGGCGGCUCUGUGUACAGCAUUCUGUGACAAAGGAAUUCCAAAUAGCACUGACAAAAUCAAAGAUGACGACAUUGCAAGUGGGGAGCCGCACAAUUCCACGGAAAUUCCAUCAAUCAAAAUCCAAUUAAUUUGGAUACAUUUUGAGAUGUUUAUCCAGGUUCUGGAAUAUGGAAGGAAACAAUUAAACAGUACUUCCAAUGAAGAACAAGUACAGCAUUUGGUUGAUAGAUUAAUAAAAAUAAUUGAUGCUGUAAUCUAUAUGCAAGUUGUCCAAGGCAAUGGGAAGAAUGAUUUGCUUCAUACGCUUUGUGGUUUUCUAUCAUUACCGUGGAUCCAUAAACAUAAUUCUGAUGGAACUUUUCAAUCUGUUGGUUUCAAUUCUGACCUUGUAACUCUCAGCCAACGUUUGUCAAGCAGUUUCUCACAACCGAACCAGGCAAAAUGUGUAUUUCUAUUAUCUUUGCUGCACAAAUCCAUUUGUCCUGAGUGGAGAGUAGCAAUAUACAAAUGGUCUUCGCAGAGCUCCAGUGAUGCCAUCCGUGCAGGAACCGUGAAGGGAUUCCCCAUGCUGCUCCAUCACUUGGGGGUUAAAUUCUACUAUCUCAUUGAUGAAGUUCAUGUAAACAAACUCCAAGAUAACUCUGAUUUGGUGCAUGAGGAAUUUGCCAAAACCAUUGGAAAAGUAGCCUGUGUGCUUUCAGGCAAAUCUGAGUUGUUGCUUCCCGAGUGUAACUCAAUAUCUCCAAAUGAAGAAUGUGAUCUUCUCUGUGAUAAUAUCAGUAUUGGAGGUGAUUGUGUGCUGACUGGACCAACCGUUGGGGCUUCUGUUUUUAUUCCAUUCCUUGUGCUGAUUGAAAAGACAAUGCCUGCUUCAGUAAAAUUGGCAUUCAUAAAGAAUAUUCCCUAUCUAUGUAUGUAUGUGAAUUUGACAAAAAAUGAUUCAAAUACAAAAGCCAUAAAUAGUGCAAUAUUGAACCUCAUGGAAGAUCCCAACAAAGCUGUUAGAAUUGCAUUCGGUGAAAAGAUACACAAUUUGUUAGAGUCACAAGAAAUUGAAGAUCAGAGUUUACUUAAAGAGUUGCUUAUAUUUAAGCUAAAACAAGCAUAUGCGAAUGCAAAGAGUUCAGGAGACAAUGAGCUAAAAGAUACAUUAAUACUAACAACCAGAGAAAUUGGACGAGCCGCCAGAGGAGAUCUGGUCCCAUUUGCUCUCUUACAUCUCUGCCACUGUUUAUUAUCCAAGUUUACAUAUGUUGCUGGUGCUGCCUACACAGAAAUUAGAGCACUGGCUGCAGCAAAAGGUAUGAAGUUGCAAGCCUUCUUCAGUCAAUACAAAAAGCCCAUUUGUCAGUUCUUGGUGGAAUCCUUGCAUACAAGACAUCUGGCAGCCAGUGGUAGUGCUGGAAGCCAGAGUAAAGAAUUAUGUCAGCGGGACUUGGAUCAUCAGCGACAGAUUACGCUAGAUAUGUUAUCUGAAGUCGCUCAUGUGUUUGAUUUCCCAGAUCUAAAUCGUUUCCUUACGCGUACCUUACAAUCACUGCUGCCAUAUCUGGCUGCAAAGGCCAGUGCUACCUCUUCAGUAUUGAUCCGGACCAUUGCAAAGCAGCUGAAUGUCAAUCGUCGAGAAAUUCUGAUAAACAACUUUAAAUACAUCUUUUCCCACCUGGUUUGUUCCUGCUCAAAGGAUGAACUUGAGCGAGGUCUACAUUAUCUGCAUAAUGAAACGGAACUUGAACUGGGCAGUCUCUUCAGGCAAGAUUUCCAGGGCUUACAUAAUGAACUACUAUUGCGCAUAGGAGAGCACUAUCAGCAGGUUUUCAACGGACUGGCCAUCCUGGCGGCAUCAGCUUCGAGAAGUGAUCAAUGCCGGGCAACCAGAGACAUUACUUCAGUGGAGUUAAUGGCAGUCUAUUUGCAGCCUAAAUUAUUGGGAAUUCUGGCCUUUUUCAACAUGCUUUUAUUGAGUUCUAGUGUUGGGAUGAAUGAUAAAAAGAUGGCUAUGAAUAGCUUAAUAUCACUUAUGAAAUUGAUGGGAUCAAAACACAUCAGUUCUGUUCGGGUAAAGAUGAUGACCACGCUGAGGACAGGCCUCCGAUACAAGGAUGAAUUUCCCGAGUUAUGCUGCAGGGCAUGGGAUUGCUUUGUACGUUGCCUGGAGCCCAGUUAUCUGGGCGCCCUUCUUAGUCAGGUCAUUGUGGCCCUACUGCCUCUAAUGUCCAUUCAGCCAAAAGAGACAGCUGGAAUAUUUCACUAUCUCAUAGUUGAGAACAGAACUGAAGUAAAAGAUUUUCUGCAUGAGAUUUACUUUUUGCCAGAACACCCCAACUUUACUGAGAUCCAAAAAGUGCUGCAGGAUUACAGAAAGGAAACAUCUAAAAGCACAGAUUUACAAACAGAACUACAGUUAUCUAUGCGAGCUGUUCAGCAUGAAAAUGUAGAUGUUCGUAUACAUGCAUUGACUAGUUUGAAGGAUACCAUAUACAAAAAACAGGAACAAUUGGUAAAACUUGCCACAGACAGUGAGACAGUCGAGCCGAUUAUCUCUCAAUUAGUGAUGGUGCUUCUGAAGGGUUGUCAAGAUGCAAAUGCACAAGCGAGACUCCUUUGUGGAGAGUGUCUUGGUGAAUUGGGAGCAAUAGACCCUGGACGAUUGGACCUUAUGACAAGCAACUCAGAGGGGAAAAGCUCUACGUUUGUGGCUGGUGUGGAGGAUCCCAGUUUUGCCCAUUAUCUGCUGAUAGAGUUGACAAGAGCCUUCCUUGCUUAUGCAGAUAAUGUUAGAGCUCAGGACUCGGCUGCUUAUGCCAUCCAGGAACUGCUGCAGAUAUACAAAUGCAAGGAAGAAAAGACUGAUUGUCCAGGACGCAGAUUGUGGAGGAACUUUCCAGAACAUGUGAAAGAAAUACUGGAACCUCAUCUAAACACCAGGUAUAAAAGUUCUCAGAAGACUUGGAACUGGGUCAGCAUUAAGAAGCCGUUCUACCUCGGGAAGCAUGACAGAGAUUUUGCAGAAUGGUCAGCAACGUGGGCUGGAUACCUGACAACAAAGGUUCGACAUGACCUAGCUGGAAAAGUCUUUGAAUGUUGCAGUUUUAUUAUGAAACAUGACUUUAAAGUUACAAUCUAUCUACUACCUCAUAUUCUAGUGUAUAUUUUACUUGGAUGUAAUGAAGAGGAUCAACGUGAUGUCUACUGUGAGAUGAUGGCUGUUCUAAAACAUGAUGAGUCCUGGGAUAGGAGGUUGCAGGACAGUGCUUCAGACCUGAGCCAAUUGAGCACACAGACUGUUUUCUCCAUGUUAGAUCAUCUUGCACGGUGGUCCAGGCACACACUUCAAGCUCUCAGCUCUGAUAAAAGUGGAGGCAGGUCCAGCAGGGACAGAGGGGGCCCUAAUGUUUCAAGCUCUCAAUAUAAAGAAUAUAAAAACGUCACUUCAUUUCUGGAGCUCAUACCCCAGGAUCUGCUUGCUAUAGCUUCUUUUCGAUCCAAAGCUUACACCCGUGCAGUGAUGCACUUUGAGUCUUUCAUUACAGAAAAGAAAGAGAACAUUCAGCAGCACCUUGGAUUUUUGCAGAAGCUAUAUGCUGCAAUGCAUGAACCAGAUGGAGUGGCUGGGGUUUCCGCAAUUCGUAAAGGGGAACCAUCUCUCAGGGAACAAAUAUUAGAACAUGAAAGCAGCGGACUGUUGAGAGAUGCCACUGCAUGCUAUGAUCGAGCUAUUCAGUUGGAACCUGAAGAGAUUAUUCAUUAUCAUGGAUUGAUGAAAUCUAUGCUUGGGCUUGGUCAGUUAUCCACCGUCCUCACUCAGGUUAAUGGAGUGCUUGCAAGCAGGGCUGAGUGGACCACAGAACUGAACACUUACAGAGUGGAGGCAGCUUGGAAACUGACCCAGUGGGAGUUGCUACAGAAUUAUGUAACAACAGAGCAGAAAUCCUGCACUUGGAGUGUGAGACUUGGCCAGCUUUUACUACUUGCUAAGCAGAGCAAUGUGGAGGGCUUCUAUGAACAGCUGCAGGUUACUCGAGCAGAGCAGAUUGUGCCACUCUCUGCAGCAAGUUUUGAACGAGGGUCGUAUCAGCGUGGUUAUGAGUACAUUGUCAGGUUGCAUAUGUUAUGUGAGCUGGAACACAGUGUCAAAGAACUGUUUCACCAGCAGCCCAGGAACCAGAGGGAAUACCACACGCAUCCGCUUAAUUGGCAGGCUCGUCUAGAAAUGACUCAGAAUUCCUUUCGAGCAAAGGAGCCACUCUUGGCAUUGCGCAGAGCAUUGCUCAGUGUCAAUAAAACGGCUGACUACAGCAAGUUGGUUGGAGAAUGUUGGCUACAGAGUGCCAGAGUUGCCAGAAAAGCAGGACAUCAUCAAACUGCAUACAAUGCCCUGCUUAAUGCUGGAGAAUCCAGAUUACCUGAGCUUUAUGUUGAAAGAGCAAAGUGGCUUUGGUCCAAGGGGGAUGUCCACAAAGCCUUGAUUGUCCUUCAGAAAGGUGUUGAGUUGUGUUUUGGAGAAACAGAAACAGAAUUAAGCAAUGACAAAAGCUGUUUGAUAAAGGGGCAAGCUACGUUGUUGGUUGGACGUUUCAUGGAAGAGACAGCUAAUUUUGAAAGCAAUGCUGUUAUGAAAAAAUAUAAGGAAGUGACCAAUUUAUUAUCAGACUGGGAAGAUGGACAUUUUUACUUGGCAAAAUACUAUGACAAACUAAUGCCAAUGGUAACAGAUAACAAGAUAGAAAAGCAAGGAGAUUUAAUUCGCUAUAUAGUCCUUCAUUUUGGCACGUCUCUGCGGUAUGGAAAUCAAUUCAUCUACCAAUCCAUGCCUAGAAUGUUAUCAUUAUGGCUUGAUUAUGGAGCAAAAGCCUACGAAUUGGAAAAGGCAUCGGGACGCACUGCUGAUCGCAUUGCCAUGAGAACAGAUCUUGAAAAGAUUAAUAAAGUGAUUGAGGACCACACAAACUUCUUGGCUCCUUACCAAUUCCUAACUGCAUUCUCACAGCUGAUUUCACGAAUAUGCCAUUUCCAUGAUGAUGUGUUUGCUCGACUGAAAGGUAUUAUUGUGAAGGUUUUUUUGGCCUAUCCCCAGCAGGCUAUGUGGAUGAUGACAGCUGUGUGCAAGUCAUCUUAUGUGACGCGAGUGAAUAGGUGCAAGGAAAUCCUUCAGAAGGCUAUUAAUGAUGAGAGCCGUUUAGGCAAGUUUGUAGGAGAUGCCACUCGUCUCACUGAAAAGUUGCUGGAACUUUGUAACAAAACGGUGGAUGGGAACAACACAACUUUAAGUAUGAGUGUUCAUUUCAAAUCGCUGAAGAGACUGGUAGAAGAACCAGCCUUUAGUGAAAUCCUCAUUCCUUUGCAAUCUGUGAUGACUCCGACUCUACCAUCAACUCCAGGCACCCAUGCAACUCAUGACCCUUUCCCUGGUCAUUGGGCCUACAUUGCUGGUUUUGAUGACAUGGUGGAAAUAUUAGCUUCUCUUCAAAAGCCAAAGAAAAUCAAUUUAAAGGGUUCUGAUGGGAAGUCCUACAUUAUGAUGUGUAAACCCAAAGAUGACCUCAGGAAAGAUUGUCGUCUCAUGGAAUUUAACUCUUUGAUUAAUAAGUGCUUACGAAAAGAUGCCGAGUCUCGCAGACGGGAACUUCAUAUCAGAACUUAUGCAGUCAUUCCCCUGAAUGAGGAGUGCGGUCUGGUUGAAUGGGUCAAUAACACUGCUGGCUUAAGACCCAUUCUGAAUAAGAUCUAUAAAGAAAAAGGUGUUUACAUGCUUGGAAAAGAGCUACGUCAAUGCAUGCUGCCAAAACAAGCACCUUUAGAGGAGAAAUUAUCUGUAUUUAAACAGCAGCUUUUGCCGCGUCACCCAGCUGUUUUUCAUGAAUGGUUCCUUGGAACUUUCCCUGACCCAACUUCCUGGUACAGUAGUAGAUCAGCCUAUUGUCGGUCUGUUGCAGUGAUGUCAAUGGUUGGCUACAUUCUGGGUCUUGGUGAUCGCCAUGGAGAAAAUAUUUUAUUUGAUUCUUUAACAGGCGAAUGUGUUCAUGUAGACUUUAACUGUCUUUUCAAUAAGGGAGAAACUUUUGAUGUUCCAGAAGUUGUCCCUUUCCGCCUUACCCACAAUAUGGUCCACGCCAUGGGCCCAAUGGGAACAGAAGGUUUGUUCCGACGAGCCUGUGAAGUAACAUUGAGAUUAAUGCGUGAUCAGCGAGAACCAUUAAUGAGUGUUUUGAAAACAUUUCUGCAUGAUCCAUUAGUGGAGUGGAGCAAACCAGUGAAAGGAAAUACAAAGGUACAACCCAAUGAAACUGGGGAAGUAAUCAAUGAAAAGGCCAAGACCCAUGUGCAAGACAUAGAAAAACGGCUACAUGGUGUGAUUAAAACAAGAAAUAAAGUGAAGGGUUUGCCUUUAUCCAUUGAAGGACACGUCCACUACCUUAUUCAAGAAGCAACAAAUGAAACACUUCUGUGCCAGAUGUACCUGGGUUGGGCUCCAUACAUAUGAAAACAUUGAUUGACUGGCAUAAAUGACAAAACAAGAAUGAAGUGUGAUGUUGCUCUAUGAUUUGUGACCUCUUUUUAGUGUCAAAUCUAAAUGACCAAAAAAAGUUUCAAGAAACAAGAUUUAUAUUACUGCUUUACAUCUUUAUAGUAAUUAAUUUGUUUUUGAAAACAUUUCAUAGAAGAAAAACAUAUUCCAAUCAGACUCCAUCACAAAUAUGAAAAUUAUUUGUAAUUUUACAACAAAGCAAGAUAAAGGGUAAACAUGGAACAUUAUUUCAGAUCAAGUGCAGUGAAGAGCAUGAAAAAGUCAAUGUUGAGAAUAAAUAAUUUUAUAAAGCCUUUAAAGAUAAGUCAGUUGAAGAGGUCGAUUUUUACGGAAACCAGACACAAAAGCAUGAAAUUGAAGACUGAUAUACAAAACCUGACCAGCGGCUUUUGGAUAAAACAGAAAGUUGAAAAAGUUGCCAAUCUCAGAAGCAGCGCAGCAAAACGGAAAUAAAUUCCUUUUGUAAUCUGGAGAAGACCGAAGAACUCUCCUUGUCUUGGAUGCUAUCGUUUGUUGUUCAUUAUCAACUGGUGCUAUAUUGGUGAAUUGGAUUAGACAUUGAAUUAUCUUCAAUUUGAAAAAAACUGUUAGGUUGGUAGCUGGGUUUUUUCAGGACCAAUAUAUUUUAGCCUGCGAAGCUAACAUUAACUGCUUGUUUAAAAUUGAACAGAACCCAUAUUUGUAACUCUCUAAAGCUCUGUAGAAUUCUGAGGUGUGGGUACAACCUCUGUACAACCUUAUCUGAUCCUGCAUUUGUGUGCACAGUAAAAUCCAACCUUCAAAUGGAUUUAAGAAAACCCAUUCCGUGGAUUUAAUAGGUUGAGGAUGAUUAAUCAAAUUCAUGAAUAAAGUUUGGAAAAUUGAGAUAAUUCUGUUAAUUUGGUUCCCAUUGCCUUCUAAGCCCUGUCAGACUUUUGUUUAAGAACAGUUUGAGAUCUUCUCGAGCUUUAACAUUACAGUGGCUAUUUUCAUCAUCCAACUAAUUAACAUAAUUUUUCUGUUAUUCAAUCUCUGUAAAUGUGUUUCACAUUGAUAACUUCAUAAACUUGAGACCAUAAAUCUUUGAACAGAGAAACGUGUGUUUCCAUACCAUGAAUUAGAUACAAUGCAAUUGAUGCACACUAUUUUGUAAUACACAGGCCAAAUUGGUUACAAUGUGAUUUAGAUUGUUUUAGAUUAAACUAGAGAACCACAUAAAACUAAAGGACCUGUCCCACUUGGCUGUCAUUUGCGUGCCAUUUACGCAACCUGCUAGUGUGUGGGUAGCACGGGAUGGGCGCAUGGAGUGGAGGAGUGUGGACUUCGUCCUGAAUGAAAUCUUCGCGCGCCACCGGCCUGUCGUGUAACUGACGGCCAAAGUGGGCCAGGCCCAAGACCCUGGCGCGGUGCAACGUCUCACCUCCAACAGCAGCAGAAGCAGGCAAACAAUCGUCGAGCUCAGCCUGGGGUUCAUGGCCUUUGCGGAUCCGGAUCUGGCCCCACUCCUACUCAGAGAGCGGGGCAAAGACGAUUUGAAAUAGACACAAAAUGCAGGAGUAACGGCUGUGCAGACGCAUGAUGACGUGCGCGACCAUCACGUGUCAGUCACUACCGGCCUGCCGCGUAAAUGACGGCCCAAGUGGGACAGGCCCUUAACUGGAAAUUGACAAGCAAAAAAGGAUGUUGUCCUGGAAAAAGAGAUUUUGGUAAAAAAAUCUUAAUUACAAGUAACCUUAGCUUUAUUUUGGAGAAACCUGAUUGAAAUAUUUAAGUUUCAGAAUUAUUUAAGUUCUCACCAAAGAUGUUGUUUGAACUAAAUAUUCUAAUAAUUUCAUGUUUAGUUUUUACUUCACCAACAUCUAUGCUAUUUUGCCUUUUGUAUGCCGAAACAUUUGCUAACAUGGUGAAAGCUUACAACUGAUUUUGAUAAAGAUGAAUACUGAUCUGAA